AUGGCUUUUGCUUCGGGUUAUCCAAAAGAAUUCGAGCAAAUCCAUAAUAUUGUCUCUUUUGAAUUAGUCGAAGUUAAUCUAUCUUCGUUGAAGUCUCCGAUUUUAACGAAAAUCGAAUCUACCGGUCCGAUUUGGCAGAUUAUGAAGCCAGAUUCAAAUCAGAUCUAUUGCUCAUUGCUUUUAACCAAUUACGAGUUUACGAUACAAAAUGAUGAGCGCGGUAAAUACCUCAGAGCUCAAUUAAUUUUCGAUACACAGCAAAACCAUAAACUUCGUUUCAAAACACCACUAGAUAUGUAUAAAGCAUGCAAAAUGGCAAACGAUACAUUUGAUGAUAUCCAUACAUUCGCAAAAACAUUCAAUUCUCGAAGAACAAAUAUCGUUUGUAAAGGAUUUUUAUUCACUUUACAGGCACCAACAUUGGAACAUGGUGAAUUCCAGAUGAAAUAUAAUCCAGAUACGUCCGCAGUUUCAGUAAAAAUUACGAAAAAUGUUGGAGAAGCCGUGAAAGCUGUAUUUUUAACAAAUAUUAAAGAAUCAACGAUAUUACAUUAUGGAUUUGAAAUUCCCGAAUCUGUUAACAGCAAUUUCCUUUCUAAAAUUAUCGUUGUUUAUAACGCAACAACACCAGCCAAGAAGUUCUUCUUUAUAUGCUCGUCUUAUCCGGAAUCAAUGACAAUUGCUCUUAACUACUGUAUGGACUUCUUCCUUGCAGGAGGAAGGCAGCCAAUUUCUAAAAAUAUUAUUAUUCCUGAACAAGUACUUAUUUCACCUCCAGCUGCACCAAUAAGCGUUGAACCUGAAGAAGAAACACACGAGCACUCCCAUCAUAAGCAUCAUCAUAGAACUCCUGAAGAACUUGAAGCGAAAAGGAAAGAAAGAGAAAAAAAGAGAGCGGAAUCUACUUUACAAAGCGCUAGAUUCAAUUUGUUACCAGCUGAACCUGAUAAUUCUGCUCUUCCUCCAAAAAAAAUUGUUUCAUUACAAAAUAUGCAUUCAAGUGUGCCUCCUCCGAAGAGGCCACCUCCUCCUCCAUCAGUACCACCGCCAUCUUACGAACCCGAGCCAGGAAAACAGCAAAUUCCGGCAAAACAAGCACCAAUUGUUCCAAAUUUGUCCGAAAAAUCUCAACCACCAAAGAUAGAGUUACUUCCAGAACCAAAGAAAGUCGAAGAACCCAAGAAACAAGAAGAAAUAAAGAAAGAAGAACCGAAAUUACCUCAAAUGGAAAUCCAAAAGGCAACAAAGCCAGAAGAGCCAAAGAAACCAGUUGAAGAACCUAAAAAGACACAAGAAGUACAAAAAGAACCAGAAGAAGUCAAAAAACCAGUGGAAGAACCGAAAUCUUCUCCAGAACCUCAGAAACCGCCAGAAAAAAUCAAAACAAUGCCAUUACCUAAGAAAUCAGUGCCAGAGAUGAAGAUAGAAAUCAAAGAACUUCAACCUCCUUCAAAUAAUUCCGUUGAAAAGAGAAUGAGCAUUCCAAAGUUAGUUUUUACAAGCCAGAAAGCGGAAGAACCCGAAAAGAAGAAGGUUCCCCGUCUUGCAUUCAAUAUUUCUCCUUCCAGCGAAAAUCUUCUUUCGAAAGAGCGAAAACAAGAAAUCCCAGUUACAAUUCCUCAAGAAAAAGAGAAGGUCGUUAAAGAGUUCAAGCUUCCUCCAAACAUGAGAGUCUCUUUAAGCAGAAGAUACCAAGAAACUAUGCAAUCUCGUAAAGAAGCAACGACAAGGAAGUCAACUGUCCACAAGAACUUCAUCCAGACAGACCUUUCGUUCUUGAAGGAAGCAAAAGAACCACCUCCACAGCCAAAAAAGGUCGAAAAACCAAAAUUAUUACCUGGAAAGUUCGAAGCGUUCAUGCAGAAGCACGGAAAGACUACAAAAGAAGUCAAGAAACUCGAAUUACCAACAUUGGCAUCAUUGGCUUCUUCUUCUAUUGAUUUCAAGACAAAUUCAAAGUUGGAAGAAAAUUCAAUAGCGUCACUUUUGGAAAAUUGUUUGGAAAAAAUACCAAACACUUUUCAAGAUCCAUUUAGCAGUUUCGAUGAUUUUAAUGAUUUAGACAAUGAAAACUUAAUCGAAAAAACAAUCGAAACAACAACUUCGAUUAAAGAUUCGAAUUUGUUCGAAUCCGUUAAGACAAGUGACUUCUCCCAUGCUAGUGAAGAAGACUUUAAGUACGCCAGUACCCCACAAACACCAUUUCUCACUGAAAUCCUUUCAGUUAAUGAAGGAAUUAUUUCAAGUGGCGCUUCUCGAAUCUCAGACUCGAAUUCGAGUGGUUUGCAGUUUAUUAUAUCCACAAUGCUCAUCAAUGGCUUCAAAGGCGCAAGCAAAAUCACUGAUAAUCUUAAUUUCUUAGACGCAUAUGAUGAAUUAGCACAAUAUGUACCAAUCAUCAGUGAAUGCGUCUCAAAGGCAAGGAAAGGAAUAGAUUUUGGCCAACAAGUUUCACUUUUCACCCAAAAUCUUUUGAAUUCUUGCAGUUUUAUGCGAACAAUAAGGACAGCAGUGAUUCACAGCCAAUGGUUACGCAAAUAUUACAGCGCAGGAUCAUUGCUAAGGAACUACAAUGACCUAGAAAUGGUUCUUUCCAUUUUACAGCCACUUCUUCUCACUCAUGAAGUCGAAAUAUCGGAGAACCCAGUAAUUCUCAGCGACCAGACACCGAAUAACUUGCAGAGAUUCGCGUUUACUGAGUGUUUCCCUCACAUUUUGUUGGAAGAUUCGAUUAAUCAGAAAGAUCAACUUGUUCAAUCGAUUAAAUCUGUCUUCCACAAUGGAUUGAGGCCUCCGCAAAUUAGUUUGGCCGCUGGUUUGCAGAAGAAAGGCGUAAAAGCUGCAUUAUCUCAAAUUAUUGAAGAAAAUCACCAAGAUGAGGACUGGCCAGAGUUCAAACGCGUUGUUUCUGGUGCACAAAGUAUCACAGAUGUUAUAGUAGAAGGCUUGAAAAAGAAGAAAUUACAUAAAUGGUUCGCAUUCAUCGUUUUAUCAAGAGAUAUCCUUCAGAAGCACUAUUUCGACGAAUCCCCAUUUCUUGACUUCUAUAAAGCCAAGAAAAUUUAUACAAUCCUUGAACAUUUGUCAAGGAGAUAA